UUUCGGUCGCGCGUGUGACUUAGUACUAGAUGCGCUUCGCGAGCCUAGCACAUGCGUGGAAUACGUACGAUUUUCGUAUGGGCGCCGGUGUUUGAAAGCUGAGCAGCAACGGAAAGCUGGAUGAUGGGGUAGGGCGAUAGGGUGCAAGAUGCACUGGGGAAUAUUCGGCAGAGGUGUUUGUUUAUUGGUGACUUUGUUAUGUGUGUGCAAAGUUGACUGUUUGGAUACCAAGGAGUUCCAGAAAACUUUGCCUGCGAAGCUUGUCUGGGGUGUACCAGGAAAAAACGCAGAACUACCGUGUGAUAUCACACCAGCACUACCUGGUGACAACGUGACCAUGAUAUUCUGGUUCAAAGACAACCUAGGAAUGCCACUGUACAGUUUAGAUGCAAGAGAUGGUCCCAUCGACAAAGCCUCGCACUUAGCAAUGAGUGACGAUCUUGGUUCGCGCAGCUAUUUCAUAACUGAGGGCGAGCCAUCUCAAGCAAGGCUGAGCAUACAGAACAUCAACGUCCACGACCAGGGAGUUUUCAGGUGUAGAGUCGACUUCGUCAACUCACCAACCAGGAAUUUCCAGGUCAACUUGACAUUAGUAGCUCAGCCAUCUGCUCCCAGGAUAUUCGACGCUGAAGGACGAGAAAUUCGUGUGAACCAUCCUGCUGGACCGUUUCUGGAAGGACAUGCGAUGUUCCUGUCCUGUCAAGUUGAUGGAGGUCGUCCAAGACCAACCCUAAACUGGUGGUACAACGGUACAAUUUUGGACAGCGUUAUAGACUCCAGCAGAGCUUCACAUACCACAGUUAAUCAGCUUGUUAUAGCACACACUCCAAGACAUCUCAGAAAAAGUCGUAUUGAGUGUCGUGCGACAUCCUCAGAGGGUGCUGGUUAUAUAUCGAGAGAAGUACCACUCACAGUAUUCCUUAAACCGAACAAAGUUAAGAUAGUCACACCUAAUACCCUGCUGUCUGCCAGUAAAUCUCAGAACAUCAGAUGCGAGACUUCCGGAUCUCAUCCUCCUGCAAAAUUAACAUGGCUGUUAGACGGAAGGGCAAUCAGGGACGCCGUUGUUACCGAAGAAGAGACAGAGACCUUCACCGGCAGCAUUUUGUCACUGAACGUGGUUGCAGAGGACGACGGCAAGGAGCUAGUAUGUCGAGCAGACAAUCCUCGAUUUCCCGGGGGAAACGCCGAGGAUCGGAGACAGAUACAUGUUGCUUACCCUCCAAAAAUUCUGGUACAACUGGACCCAGCCUCGAAAUCGCCUGUCAAAGAAGGAACUGACAUUACUAUGCAGUGCAAGACCUCAGCGAAUCCUCUGCCAGAUAGUUACAGUUGGUAUCAGAAUAGUCACCUCAUACCAUACAAUGCUACAGCAGGUAUACUUCCUGAAGAUAGCAAACUUACACUGAAAAAUAUCGAACAGAAUUCAGCGGGACAAUAUGCUUGUUCAGCCAUGAACUCUGAGGGAGAAACAUACAGUGCCCCAUUCGAAAUACAAGUUCAAUACGCUCCCCGCUGUAAGAGGGGAUACGAGAUGGUGCGAGUGGGAGCCUUGCCCUUCGAGACGCUUUCGGUGCAGUGUCACGUGGACGCCGUUCCAGACGUGACGCGCUUUUCUUGGACAUAUAACACCACCAGGGGCGUUCUUCCCGUCCAAGGGGCCAAGACGGAAAACCUUGGCAACGUUUCAAUUCUGCAUUUUACUCCUCCUUCCAGGGACGUGGAGGCGCUUGCUUGCUGGGCAUCGAACAGCGUCGGCAGGCAGCGGGAUCCAUGUUUGUUUUUCAUAGUUCCUGCAGAGACUCCAGAAUCCCCCCGUAGCUGCCUGGUUCGCAACACAUCGCACGGAGACGGGCUCGAGGUGUCUUGUAUCGCGGGGAAAGAUGGCGGCUUGCACCAAAGUUUCGUGUUGGAAGUUUCCGACGUCACACCGCCCUCGAAACCGCCAGGUGUUACCACACUAAGCGAUCAAGGUGUACUUCCACCUCCGAAAUAUCGCGUUCUCGGUGAACGUCCACUAUUUCGACUUCACAGUUUGCAGCCAGGCAAGGAAUAUCAAGUUGCUGUUUAUGCAGAGAAUGCCAAAGGGAAGAGUGAUCCUCCAGUUGUUUUGCCUCACGUCAGAGUGGAGUAUGAUGCUCCGUAUGAAGAAAUUCCAACAGAAGAAGAGUCAACCCAUAAGCAACCUAGUUCAGAUAGUUCAACCUCCAAUAAGAACCUAACCUGGAUCAUAAUUGGUGCAUCAGUAGCAGCAGUACUACUUAUCAUGAGCAUUGUCAUCGUAGCAGCAGUAUUGGCCUGCAAAAGGCCCACGACUGUAGUCAAAAGAAGGUGCAGACGAAGCAGCAAACCUCCUGACGAAUUCGAACUAUCAGAGGAUGGUUUCGGAGAAGGUUUUCAUAGAAGAAGUACUCAGUAUAGAGCAAGUAUGUAUGGAGAAUGUGAAGAUAGGAUCACCAGGAUGAUAGAAGGUCCUGAUCUGAUCCUGUCACCGAUGAGUACUUCGGAGCAUAGUUUGGAAUUCUGAGUACAAGAUAAUUGUGAAAUUAUGACUUUAAAGGUAGCUACAAUAGAUCUCAGAGUUAACUCUUGAAUAAUCUUCUUCUAGUAAUAAUAGAGGUAGAUAUAUAUCGAUGAUAUGUAUAUAAUAUGUAUAACUAUUACAGUUCCUGUGAGAUUAUAAUACGAAACUAUUAAGUGGUCAACACAAAGACAUAUUCAGUGAUAGUAACUUCAAAAUCAGUGCUAACUGUUCCUGUUUCUCGGAAAUUUCAGUCUUGGAUACUUAAUCGAAUCGAUUCUGACUGAAAUAAUCAAAUCGUUCAAUGAGUAUAAUAUAAUAAGAUAUUAAUUUUCAUUCAUUCAUCAUCACAAAUUCAUGAAGUAAAAUUUUCUCUCCAGAAGUAGUUUCUAGCUUUCCUAUGGAAUCAACGAAAGCAAAGGAACAAACCUCCUGAAAAAUAUGUAGAAUCAAAGGGAGCGUGUCGUUACAUCUACAUUUCGUUACUCCCACAUCGCGUUGUUCCCACAUUUCGAUAUGCCCACAAUUCGUUAGCCCCACAUUUCGAUACACCCACAGUCUCCGAACAUACCCGAAGGAGGCACUGUUGCCAAAUACAUCCUAUUGUGGGCCUACCGACACAUUGCGUUACACCUACAUUUCAUUACACCCACAUUGCUUUAUGCCCUCAUUUCGUUAUGCCUACAUUGCGUUAGACCUUCAUUUCGAUAGGCUCACAUUUCGUUAGCACCACAUUUCUAUAUUCCCACAGUGUCCGAACAUACCCCAAGGAUGCACUGUUGCCAUAUACUGUGCUUGAUGCGUUAUUUUUCGAGAAAUAUACUUUCUAGUAAAAAGGUUGAUUCAGGCUGAGUGAGGUUAUAGAUUGUUCAGAAAAAGUAGUAUCCCUUGUUACCUCAAUCAAUUUAUUGGAAAAUAUACUUUAGUGCGAGUUAGGUUAGAUUGUUAUGAAAGUGUUUAGUCUUCUUUGCAC